AGGCUCAGGAGCUCUUCGAAUUGUACCGCAUGCGCAUUACAAAUUCCCAAAUACAAGUAGAUUUCGAUCGCUCUUUCGUUCAAUUUAAUUUACACUAAAGCUUGUUUCUUCUGCCAGAUAGCUAGGGAUUGAUUUAUUUUUUUCGCUUACCUUAGGCUUACGCUUACACUCUGUCUGUGCUGGUUUCUUUUGUUCUUCCACGUGGUGUUGUGUAUUUCUAUUUCACAAUACUAGUAAACUACACUCACGACCCGGCCGCCCUCCCCCUCCUUCUCGCGGUUCCGGCGAAGACUGACGUCCUGCGUGUACGCCACCGCGGAAAUAACUCUGGCGAGCACCGACGUCGUCAACCGUGCUGUACAACAAAUCCGUCGAUCCCCCGGUCUACUUUCGCUGUGGCAGUAGGACCAAGGGCAAUUGACGCUGAUAUAAUUAUUUGUGGCUGCGUGGUCUAGUGGUAGUACGUGCGGUAUUUUUAACAUUAACUACCACGUCACCGCAUCAAUGCCGGGUCUAUGGCUUCUGGUACUGCUGGGUUUCGCGGCCCUUGUCCUCGCGACAUGGCCGCUGAUUCAGCGGAUGGCGCGCGACCGGCUGCUGAACGUCCGUAAUGCUGACGGGUCCAUUCACUUUACGCAAUUCAAACAUGAUAUGGUCUGGAUCUGGAAUGUAGGUCAAGACGUGGGAAAAUGCAUUCUCUGGAUCAAAGAAAAAUAAAAAUGAAAGUUGUAGUCUCUACUUACUACUGGAUGGGAAGCACAAGUGAGCAGGCAGCUUUUCUUUCGCCUGCAGCGCAGAGAAGUCAGUUAUUCUGAUUCUACUGAUGCAGGAUCAUGAGAAGGCAUUAAGACGCCCUCACCAAGAAACUUAAACUUGUGAUGAUAGGGCAUAGAUCUCGGACAUUGCAGCGCGCGUGGUUCAUGAUACAAAAGCAGCAUCACAAAUGUGAAUAUCUGGGGCACUUUUCCUUUUGUAACAAAAGGAAAAGUGCCCUGGAACAAAAGUUUUGUUCCAGGUCCAGAGCCAGACAUGUUUGCAGUUGAUACAUUUUGUGGAGGAGCAAAAAGUGACCGCCCUGCGUCGCAUCGCCUUCGUGUUUCUGCUCGGUACUGACUCCACGACCGCAGUAGUUUGAUAAGUUCAAGAAUUUUGCUAUUUUAUUUCUGUCACAUAAGCAGAAAACGAAAAUAAUCUUCAUUGCUGCUGCUGGGGCCCUGUUUUUGUUGAUGAUUAUUUUCCCUCUAUCAGUGAGAGUGAUGUUAUGUGUUAAUCUACUUGAUUGUGAUUUUUAUUUUCUAAACAGUGACCGGGACGCAGUGGCUUGGGGCGGCUUUGCGAACCCCAAUCUUCCAGGAGUAUGUGUCGGUCGAGGCGGAGCGGGUCGCACGCGAGUAUUCGAUUUGGUCGAUCAUCCCCAUGAUUCUGGUGUACAAUGUUUUAACCUCGUUGGUCCGCCCGCAGGUGCUGGUGUACCGCAUCUGCUACGGCUACGCAAUCGUACUUCUGUUGCUUGCGCUUUACGUUGCGGUUCUGGAUGCUCACGGCGGGAAAAACGGUGUGCGAGCUUGGGACGACGCGUCGUCUGGUGCUGCGCAGCAGCAGCUCACCGCGGGCGGGCUUCUGGGCAGCGCCACAGCGUACCUGACCACCGCCGGUGGGUAUCUGACAGGCGGAGCAGGUGCAGCGAGUAGCUCUGGUGCUCCGGCAGGCGGCCCCAGUCGGCAGGCGGGCGCCCCGGACGUGUUUUGGCAGCAGGGAUUCCGGCACUUCGUCGUCUACGCCUUGUUCAUCGUGGUGGAGACACGAUCCGUGAUUUUGAACGGCAUGAUUAUGUCUUUUCUCCAGCUGUACAUGGGCGCGACUAGUAAGGCUUUCUCGGUUGCCUGCUUCGCCUUCAUGAAUUUCUGGCAGCAGAUUGGCAUCAUGAUGUUUCUGUUCAGCGGGAGCAUUUCGCGGUUCAUGCGGAUCGACCUCGGGGAAGAAGGCUACAGCAUCUCUGGCUCAGUAGUUCUCACAGUGGUGAUAAGUUUGGUCACCAUGCUCAUCGCGGAGUUGGCUGUGCCCGCGUACGACGCCCUCGAGCAAUGCAAACUCCAGGAGGAGGCGGACGACCCGGACAUUCCUGCAGAAGCCCGAAUCCAAGGUCUCCUGAACAGCGCGAAUGCUACAACCUCAACACGAGGAGGUGGGGGCGGACGAGGUGCCGGUGCGGGCAGUCAACCACCAGCCACAUUCUCGAACAGUAACGACCACCUGAUCAGUCAUGCGGACGGCAAAGGCGGUCUCGCGCCGGCCUUUCCCGUCCCGAGUCAUUUGGCGCGGAAGUCGUCAAGCAAGAACUACAACAUGAACACAUCGUUCACUAGUGUUGAUAAUCCUGCUCAUUCAACGAUGACGAGUAGUGCGAGAACUACUUCUUCCACAGAAGCGAAUACAACGCAGCAGCAGCAGCAGCACAUUUGGCAUGGGCAAGAAUACCGACUGCACCAGCAGCCCCCCAGUGCUACAUCCUCCGAGCUUGUUCACCGGACGAACAUUCGCGCUAUCCCCUAGAAGAAAGAAGGAAGCGGGCGCAUCCGCAUAUUGAUCAUCUUGAUUUAUGUAGUAGAGCUACGAUAGCUGCGGAAAUCGAAAUAAACAUAAAAAAAUAAUAAAAAGUUCUGUAUAGUUCUUGCGUGUCUACUAAGAGACCUGGAUGAGACCUCCCACUGCUGAGGUACUGCUAUCGUAUGACCUAUCUUUAUUAUCCAUCAAGAACGAGGAAAGCGAAUAAAGGUUUCACCCUACUUACAACUCAAGAUGAUGAAUAUGUCGAUGUGCGACCAGCUCCUUUGCCUUUCUUCACCAUACGGGUCGUGGACCACGAGGAAGAGGAAGUGGAUCACAUCAGUGAGUUUUGCUCGUCCGCAAGAUCUGCUGCGUCAAACAGAGUACUUCUAAAUGACUCACGAGAAGAUCAGCAUCAUCUGCAGAUGGGAUCAUCGAGUGGCGCGGGCACAUCGCUACGCAACGUGACGAGUGGCAAAGUGUCGGAGGACGAGGAGGAGAAACAGCCGCUGAUCAGCGAACUGAACCGGGUCGACACUCCACCGGGCUCCGAGAUCAUUGACUAUCAAUCGCAAAUAUGAACUCAGGGUCGUCCUCCGGAAAGCUUCUGCAUAAGUUUUUAGCAAUUAUUGUUAUUCAUAAGGUUUUUGCAUGGCGAUUGCUGAGGAGGUGUAGCAUGUGCAUGUUGAUGAUCCAUGUCGGCCUAGGACCGUAACAAGCUCUGCGAUAACUACAACUUUGCGAUGUUGUACCAGCCUGCUAGAUGAACUAUGCAUGAGCAAUUCGCUCAAAGUAGCCCCGCGAUCCUUUGCUACUAAUUGUUCCUAUUCUUCAUGCGUCGUGACCGCGGAUGUUUGUCUUUGUGUGACCGACGGACUCCAUCAACAUCAAACCGCGUCACAUCUUGUUCCCAGUAGACCGAGAGUACCAAUUUGCAGUGCAUAUUGCCGUGGAUACGACCAAAUCCGCUGCCACGUCGAAUCCCGGCUCCACGCGGCAGCAGCCCCUGUCCCUCGCGGAGCGCGUCGAGCUGCUGCAGAGCUACCUGUACAAAAAAGCGGGAGGUGCGGGCAGCGGCACCAAAACUACAUCCUCUAUUAGCGGCUCUACUGCAGCUGGAACAGCGGCCGUCGGCUCCAGCACGGCGCUGCAGGCAAUUCGGAAGCAACUCUACAACUCCGUCGAAGGCCUCUGGCUCAUCGUCAGCCAUCGGUACGUGUUGCUGCUGUUCUAUCACACAGAAAACGUGUACACUUAUCAAACUCCAGAAAAACAAAAACGUGCUCUGAAGAUGUGGCAUUCUGUCGCUUCACAUCAGAAAGGGCCUUUAUUUUGAUUGUGCAGCAUGGCGCGCUCCUGUGGCACGUAUCUAAUCACCAAAACGGGUAGAAGUUCUGCGUCACAGAAAAGCUCAUCUCUCAGUCUCCGGGGCCUCCUCGCAUUACAACAGACUUCUCAGUUCCCCCAACUUAUCAAGAACUCUUUAGCUCCUAUUAUAAGUAAGUACUUUCUUUUCUGGUAAUAUGGGAAUGGGUGUGUUUUUCUGUGUGAUAUGUUCUUGGUCAGCUACAGCAACCUGCCCAUUCGACAGAUGAUCGACAUCCAGCUGGCUGUCCUGCUAGCAGGCAUCUACCCCUGCCCGCCGGACGCCGGGGACUCCCUCGCCGGGCCCAGUUGCACCGCCAUGAAGGACCAAAAGCUGACUCUGAUGACCGCGUGCGGCCUGGUCGCUGGCGCUCUCAACGCCGUCGUGAACGCACUGUGCACAUUACGAGAGCGCACAAGAACUUCUCCACACCCUCCACUUGUUGGUCAUUACUCAUUUAGAAUGUCUGCAUGAGCAGAAAGUAUGAAAAAGAUGCAGAGCCGCGAAGCAGAUCAGCAGUUGAGAAGAUGUAGUACCUAAAAAUAUCAAAACGUAAGUAGCCCAAGGAGUCUGUUGGUGUGCGGUGCCAAGUAGUUUCCAGUAGUAAGCUCGAGCUCUACCUUGUGGUUGUGCAUCAUGCCAAAUGUUUUGUGAGCAAUUUGGGGGGCCGAGGCCGUGUUGUUCGCUCUCAUAAAUGCAGCAGCUUGUCAAGCGGCUUGGCGUGCGGUUCACGCUCGUACUCAACCCCCUCCUGGGUUUGGUCUGCCUUCUCAUCUUCGCCGGCAGUGAAUUUUUCUCCGUGCACCACAGUUGGACGCAGGUCAACGGUGACAAAUCUCUCAGCUACACGUCUACAUUCAUUCCCUGGAACGAUCGAGCAUCCUUGCUGCCAGACGCAGUACCAGCAUGUCUUCUUUUUUCUUUUUACUCGUAUGACUCUAGUAGCGCUGUGCCUAUAAGGAUUCUGCCCCUGCAGGCGGUAGUACCAUCAGAAGGAUUGCCCCCUUUAUCGCAUUUUGAUAAGGAGUGUAAGUCCAAAUAUUGCAGCUGCGGCCAAAGCACUAGCUGGAAUUCACUCAAAAUCAAUAUGCAACAACAGGUCAACGUCGUUGAGGGCGCAGCAGUUGUUGAGUACGCGACCUACAGCUCGGACGGCGGCGCGCCACAGUACGCUGGCAAGAUUGUGUCAUACGAGUGGGCGAAGCAUCUAGCGCUGGCCACUCCAGUAACGGAAAACAACCUGCCCCUUGUGGACGAAAAAAAUCGAGCGAAUUUCGAGGUGUUGACCCAUCUGCAGCAAAAAACAGACUCGAUCGAAAAGUGCACGCAGCUGUGUGCAAAGCACUACCGAGAAUGCGCUUUCUUAACGUUUCAUGCUCAGGCCACAACGUGCACCUUGUUCGGGAAGCACAAGCUGCCGGAUAGCCUCAAGGGCCCGGCGCUGGACGGCGCCGCGGUUUUUGCACCGGGUCAGAGUUUCCACAGUCUCGCCUCUCCACGAACUUUUGCGCAGGUUGCUCGCGAGCUGCAGCAGGCCGGAGCAGCGGCUGCCGUGUUUGUGGUCAGCCGGUCCGUGAACCAGGUGGCUGAACAACACGACGGGGAGGUGGGCAAUGAUCACGGCGACCUCGCACUACUCACGGUGAUGCUUGGUGACAAAGACUGGAGCGGUCCUCUGGGCCACGGAGAAAACUUGCACCGUCUCGAGCGGGUGCCGGGAAACGAUUCGGGCCUGUCCUUUCUGCAGCGCUACUUGCUCGUGGCAGUGUUCUGGAUGCUGUGGUCCUCCAUACACUUCUCGGUUUGCAACCCCACCAUUGCAGUCCUGAUGCUUCGCACCACGCCGAAGGUUAAAGUCAAAGCCAAAUCUUGGAGCAACAGGUACGCCGUUAAUACAAGUGCAUGUAAGAGAAGGUUUUGUCUUGUACCAAGAAGAUCAACUACAUCAAGAUGCAAACGCAAUGAGAAUAAGCAUAGCCCAUGCACCAGCAACAUAGCGGUGGUCGUAGCUCCUCUAGCUGUGCAUACACUUCUCCCCUGCUCGUUCUGAAGUACAAUGUCAAGGUAGAUGCUCUAGCACUAUGUGUUGAAGUUGAAGACGUUGCGGCAGAGUAAUUGUUUAGCACAUGGUUUCAUCCUGUGUGACGGUUGCUGGCACUGGUCCUGCAUGUGAGGCACUAGAAUCGCUCUGAUUUUUUCAUCAAACAACAUGAUCAGUUUCGGCAAUAACCUGAUGAAGAUGCUGGGUAAUCGGACCAACAAUAUUCUGAACGUGCCGCUCUUCAUGGUCCUGCCAAGUAUCGCGGCAGGUUGUGGCUGGAUCGCUUUCUGGCUCGUUUGCGCCCUGACGCUGGGCAGUAUGUACGCGGUUUUGGAAGAGAAGAACGAGUAUGUUGGCGGCUAUGAGGAGGAGGAUGCUGCCCGCCCGUACCCCGGCGGAGCGACGUCUACUACCCCUGCUGUGGCUGUAAGGUGAGGAGAAAGACCAGUGUAGAUUUAGUUCGAAUAUACAUAUGCAUACGCUUACGCGCCAGGAGCACGACGCUUGACUUUGACACGCUUGCAACAAGACACCAAUUUAUUUCAACCAAGAAAUUGAAACUUUUACCAAGAAAAACCCAUAGGAGGAAGAUUUGUAAACUGUCGCGCUUUAUCAACUCUGUCCCCAUAGUGGGAGAUAUCACUUUUACUACUACUUCUUGUAAAAAUCAAAUUAAGUAUUGGCGCGCCUUUCACGUAGGUGUACGCGAUUUCAGUCGCAUUGAUAUUUUGUAUUCAUACUUGUUUCAUACUUGUUUGUUUAUUCUAGGAAAGUUUGUACAAAUGUCAACAAAGUACUUUUAUUGCUUUUGAACCUGAAGGCUGAAGCACUUCUUCUUCUGCAGCCAUGAUAAUUAGUACACUAAAAAACUCAAGGCGAGUCGCUGUGGUCGCGGCAAAUUUCAUGUUCAUGUGUUUGUAAUGCUAAUGCUCCACCUCAGAACCAGAAGCAGAAGCGAAAAUAAUUAUAAAAAAGGUUGUAG